UCUAACUUUCAUUCACAUCGAGCAUCGACAAGUGGCGGAUCGACUGCCACUCAAGAUACAACGUGUCUUCAUGUGCUUAAAGUAACGAAACAACAGCACUUUAAACAGUAUUAAAGAUCGAAUUGAGUGCGAAUAGCAGUCAAGAACGUUCAGUUCUCUUGCUAGUGAGAUAUCCUUCAUAAACGGUGACGGAACUUUCGGUUUUCUUGCAGAAAGGCCAUUUGUUUUUAUUAGGCUGCUGUUUUUGGAUUUUUAGCCACGAUGUCAGCUGUUGAAGACGAAGUUUCAGGAAUUGGAAAGAGAUUGGAAAAACUUGUGGAGCAAGGGCAAGCGGACAGCGCUCAAGCAAUGGAAAGUCUGAAGAAACUUAAAGAUAUUCCAGUUACUUUGGAUAUCCUACAGAAAACAAGAAUAGGGAUGUCUGUGAAUGUAUUACGAAAAGCGAGCACCAAAGAGGAUCUGCAAGCACUUGCAAAAUCUUUGAUUAAAAAUUGGAAAAAAUUAUUAGACAGCCAAGAAAAGGCGAAAGGCUUAACAAAAUCGCAAGAUAAAUGUGAAAGCCCUAGCUUGCCUCGUAAUUCAUCUGAAAGUAACAUGUCAACUUCAUCGAACAUCAGCCAGGCUGCAGCAGCGAUUAGUGAGCCAAAUGGAAAUGGAAUCAAAUCUCUGAAUAGGAGCAAUUCAAAAGAAGCUGUAGCUUUUCCACCAAUCAAAGGUGAUGUUGCAGUGCGACAGAAGUGCAGAGAGAUGUUAGAGAACUCAUUAAAGGGAGAGGAUGAUCUUGAGAUAAAUGUACAAGAUGUAGCAGCACAUAUUGAAGAGGCAAUAUUUCUUGAUUUUAAAGACAGUGGAAUGAAGUACAGAAAUCGUGUUAAAAGCAGAGUCAUGAAUCUUCGGGAUAAGAAAAACCCUCUUCUUAAAAGAAAUGUCCUGACUGGAAGUAUUACUGCACAAAGAUUCGCAGUCAUGAAGCCGGAGGAGAUGGCUAGCGACGAGAUGCGAAAGAUACGAGAUGAUAUUACCAAACAGGCAAUCAAGGACCAUCAAUUAGCCACUACUGGUGGUACGGGGACAGACCAGUUCAAAUGUGGCAAAUGCGGAAAACGAAAUUGCACUUAUAACCAGGUACAAACGAGAUCUGCAGAUGAACCAAUGACUACCUUCGUUCUUUGCAAUGAAUGUGGAAAAAGAUGGAAGUUCUGCUAGUGGAUACUGCCAUUCCAAUGACGUAAUGCUGUGGAUAAAAAGGGAAGUGAAGCAAACACGUGCGUACAAGGUCGAUGUCUCUUUCCAAACAACAAUUCAAUCUCAUGACGUCUCUCGACCUGGCAAUUACACUUCUAAUCCCUUUGUUUCCAUAGGUUGUAUAUACUUUUCUCGAUCAUGCGAACUUUGUCAAACCUUUAAAGGUUUUGUCCAUAACUA